GCUGGUGGAUGAACAGGGUAUGGUAUGAAUGUAGCAAUUGUAGAUGAAUUGAAGUAUGCCGAGUUAAAAAAUUUAAUGUCAUUAUCGACUAAAGUAGUUAAUUAUUGAGAAUUUCAACAACUUAAGUUGUACAAAAUAUUGUGGUAAAUAUAACCUUACAGAAUUAUUAUAACCAAACGUGCGUUUAGAGUGAUUUUAUAUCGUAAACUGUAAAUAGUACGGUUAUUGAUAUAUAAACAUUUAAUUUUAUGAAAAAGUGAGUGAACAACAGAACAGUUAUGGGUAAAAUUUGUGUUGUGAAAAGUUGUCCAAGUGGACGUAAAUCCCAAAACAAAAAAAAUAGUUCACCUCAGCCUCUUUCGUAUUUCCAACCAACAACACCGGCAAGAUUACAAAAUUGGAAAAUUUCGCUGAGUAUUGAAUUAAAAGCUACUGAUUACAUCUGUCAUCUCCAUUUUAAAGAGGAACAAAUAAAAAUGUACGAGAAACUGUACAUUAAAGGAGAGCUCAUAAUUAUGCCUUUAGGAAAAAAAAUACUGAAAGAAGAAGCUUUACCAACGAUGCAGCAUCAGUUUAUUCCGGUAUUUGAACAUGAGUUUCUAACAAGUACUGUAGAUGAACUCAAAAUGCUAAGCUUACAUUCGAAUAACUAUGAAGACGAAGAGCUAUUUCUAGUGCAAGAAAAUAACAUCGAGCCCCAGACAAUAUUAGUAGAUGAUGUUCCUAAUAAUUUAAUAGAUGAUGGUGUUCAAACGGAGCAAGACUUGAUAGAACCACCUUUCAGUCAACACGCCUGUAAGGAUUCGAAGAAUCUACAAGAAAUCGAAGCUCCAAAAUUGCCACCGUUUUGGUUGUAUAUACCCGAGCCCAAUGGAUUUGUAUUUAUGCGAAUGGAUGCGAAUGGAAAGUUUCGUAAUAUGAACAUAAGUCAAAAAUAUUGAGUAGUUAUUGACAAUAUACUCAUGUUUGUCGUAAAAUAUUAUAUUUUUCUACUGCA